UUCUCUCAAAUGCAAAUGUCAUCUCUCAAUGUCUUUUCUUUGUGUCAAUAACACUUCUUUGUUUUGAGCAAAUUUAUUAUAUGUCAAAUAUAACAAAAAUCCACAGAUUUUAAAUAAACGGUAGCCCUGUCAUGAUACUAUUGGAAGUGAGAUAAACAAUAUUAAUUUUCUUAAUUCGGUGCAUUAUUUUUAAAACGGCAAUGGUUGAGGAAACAGUGUAUUCUAACAAACCUAAGCCACGAGCAGCUCGUCCUAGACCAGUCUUCCUAUGGAGUGUCAUUGAUGUACAGAAGUGGCUAAGAAGACAUUGCAGUGAUUACUACCCCCUAUAUGGAGAAAUAUUUCAACAGCAUGACAUCACAGGCAGAGCGUUGAUCAGACUCACUGAAUCAACUCUUUUCCGUCUUGGAAUCCACAACUCUAAUCACCGACAGGAAAUAUGGAGAGAAAUUAUCAAACUACGACUGAAAACUGCAAUUUUAGAGAUAAGAGACCUAGAGCACAAAGACAUGUGAUAUAAUUUUUUAGAAUAAAUAUUUUUGUAAA